AUGUUUGCGAAGGCGAUUUUAGUUUUGAUUUAUUUUCUUUUGGUGUUGUUGGUGGCGAAAGUUCUUGAUAUUUCCUCGAGUUGGUUGGAGCUCAGCUGUGUGGCAUCUCCGCUAUUUAAUCCCUUUGCACUUAGCGUCAGAAGACUGAAGACCUUGCUGGACGAACGAGGCAUCAGUUAUGUCGGAGUUGUGGACAAGAGCGAAUUAGCGCAACUUGUGAAAGAAUCUGGGAGUUUUAAUUCAGAAGACAACUGCACAGAACUUGUGGACGGUCGAGAAAACGAGAAUGAUGCAGAAACUACAUAUUUUCGAAGUUCGUCGCAUCUGUUCGAAAAAAUUGAAGACACCAAGGCUAGCGGGUGGUUGGUCCAAAUCAUUCCUCAAUAUAGAGCUUCUCUGUUGUCGCUAAAACAGUGGGUUAAAUUGUCUAAGAAAGUGAGACUUUUAGGAAUCAAAACAGGAGUGUUCGAUUGCAGUUUAGACCCUCGUUUAUGCGCGAAAAACGGCUGGGAUACGAAAUGCUUGCUGCUGUCAUCUCCCGUAGGCCAACAUGCCAAAGGAAAUGUCAAUAUCAAUGUUUACAAUUCCAAAGCAUCAGUAGAGCGUACAUUUUCUUGGCUAAAUAAUGUUCUAGCAACAAGAGUUAGGAAACUAAAAACACACAGAGAAUACUUAAAGUUCGUAAAGAAAGAUAAAAAUAGUUAUGAAACGACAAAAAUUGUUCUUUUUGGUCGACUCUCGGAGGACCCGCCCGCUCUGUUGUCAUCUUUAUCUAUACAAUUUACAGGGAGAGUACACUUUGCAUAUUUUAAAAUUACAAAGGAAAAUGCUGAUGAAAUUCGAGAAAAAGUUGGUAUUCAUAAAGUUUCUAGACUCCUGCUUGUCACACCAGAAAGACGGUUUUUCUAUGGAACAAGAAAGGGAGAAGUUCUACAAUACAAAGCAAUGGAAAUGUUUUUAACAACUUUACACCCAGAAGUGAAUGAUAUAUUUUUGUUGGCCAUGAUUCUUGUCAAUCAAAUUUGUGUUUUGGAACUGUUUUUAACUCCAGGUGGUAUAUUGAGAAAAUUGGUUAAGUUUUUUCUGUUUAUUGCUUUUGCUAAUACAGCACUCAUGAUAUCAUGGUUGCCCCUCAUUGGGAUGUUUCGGUUAAAUUUUACCCAACCUUUACUUAAUAUUGGUAUGAAAAUGUGUCGCUUUAUAACAGACAGUAAUCUAGUAUCAGUGGUCAGAUAUCAUUUCCUAACAUAUUCCAGAAGUCCUAUGUGGUUUGUGUUGAACUUUUGUGUGUAUGGAUUUUGUGUUAAUCAGUUGAGGAAAAGGUUUAAGCUUCUCCACAAUGAUGAUGAGGACUCGCCCGAUUGGUUCUACCAGGAUUUAGAAUAUUUCCGUAGGUUCUUCCACUCUUUUAGAUCUACCAGAAGUAUGUCGGCAAAUACAAGAACAAAUGAAGAUAACUUAUUCAUCAGAACAUAUGAAGAUAUAAUUAUUCAACGGCUUGCAACCCCUGAUCUAUGGCUUCGGCCACUCUUACCAACAGACUUUGUCAAAGACCUCCCCGUCUGGAAAAACUGUGAUUGCCCAUCAAGAACAAAUGAUAAAUACAAAAAAGUACACAACAAGGAAAAAUUAAUCUGUGAUCCAAAUUUAUGUCAGUGCAAAUAUCGACCAGCAAAAAUUUUAAUGACAAAGGAAUGCUCUAUUUGUCUUGACAAUUAUGUGAAAGACUGUAUUAUGGUAUCAGUGCCCUGUAGACAUGUAUUUCAUCAAAAUUGCUUAGAAAAAUGGUUCAAAUCAGGAAAUCAAUGUAAAAACCUAAACUGCCCUGUUUGUCGAUGGCCAGCAUAUAAAGCAAAAGUAGAAAUUCUCGAUAUACCAGAAAUGUCGGAAAUGGACAUCUAA